UUUUGUAGACUCAAAUUUCAAAUAUUUCUUCUUAUUGUUUAUUUUCUGAUGCGCCUGCAACAUUUAAUGAAGUCUAUUAAAAGCAGCUUCUAAGUUAGAUCCUAGAAUCACUGUUUUUGCAGGAUGCUGUUACCAUGCUGUGUCCAAACAGUUAUGUAAGAUAGUAAUCAUGAUUUUCUGAGUUGGUGAGUGAGUGAGUAAAAUUCACCAAGGAGAAGAAAAAAAAAUACACAAAAGAAAUAAAGAGAGAGAUGGAAAUGAAGCCCGUGCAGACUGUGGUGUGACAUUAUAAGAGCUGACGGCUCCUGUAUCUGACGUCUGAUGUGUUCUGAAGUUCACAAUGAGCCUCCGGUGAGAGGCUGGAUGAAUCAUCUGCAGAGCAACAAAGAGGACGCUGAAUGGGAGCUUAGAUCUGAAAUGACUCCGGCGUGAAUGUGUUUAUUAGAACAGGAGCGAACAGACAAGGUCGAGCAGGAGAAGAGAAUAUAGGCGGCUGCAGUGACUGACGCAGGCAUUACCUGAGGAGUUGAGACUGUGGGAGAUGGCUUUAUAAAGAGAAGAUGCUUUUACUGCAUGUAAGAGGAGUUUGGACCUUCUCUACGCAAAAUAAAUCACAAGUUUGAAACUAGAAAGCUGAUUUAAGAUCAGUGAAAAAAAAUUACAUAAGAGCACGAUUUUCUUUAAAUUCAAAAGUUAAUUCAAAACUCAGUCUAGUCCUAAUUUCAACUCGCAUGUGAAACUUGAAAUCAUAUAGUGAGUGCAUGAAAUACAAUACAUUAAUUAGUGCACCCUGCAGAGAUGUUCAAAAUGAAACCAACCUCUAAGCAGCAGCAUAAUAUAACUAAAUGUUUUACUUUGCCACAGUUUGUGUCACUUAAAACAUUUCCUAUAAAACGUAUAAUUUUUAUUACUUUUUAAGUUGAUCUUAGUACCUGAAAUUAUUUCAACAGUAAUCCACAACUGCUAAUUACAUAGCAUGAAUACGAACAGACAGAGGCCCUUUUUCCUUUUCAAGCACAAAUAAAGAGAACAGGAUUUCUGUAAGGCAGAUAUUUACUAUUUGAUAGGAAUUAGGCUUGUAAAUAAAUACUGAGAAGAAUUUAAAGAAAGCUGUCAAUGAUUAUUAAAAUAAUUAACAAUGAUGUGGUGAUUCUUAGGACAUCACCUGAAAAAGAAUCAGUAUUGGUGUUACUCUUUACAGAUACAGAGAGAUAAUAAUGCUGUAAGAAUGAUAAUUUAAACCUACGGUAAUUUAAAAGGUACUAAGCUUUUGGAUGAACUUAAGACAUAUUUUCCUUAGGUUUCUUCAAAUGUAUCAUUAAACGUCUCCGCUUUCCUUUUAAUAAGAAGCAAUAAAUAAUAAUAAAAAAGGUCUAUUUGAACAUAAUUAUACUGUUGUUCAGUAUGAUGCUGAUAAUGAGAUGUCUCCAUCUCUGUGGUCCAUCCUUGUUGUGUUCAUACUUGUACUAUUUUUAGCACAGCAAAACCAAGCAUGCUCCAGUCAGAUCUGUAGUUUUUCACUGAAGCAUCUCAGGGGACGAUAUUGUUCUGGUUUAAACACUAUUUUCUCAGAAGAGCAGAAGAAGGUCCUAUCAGUCAGGUACUGCUGAUAAUAUUUAUAUUUAACAAAACCUGUUGACGAGCUAUAGAAGAAUUAAUCCUUAGGCUUGAGCCUUUUUGUCCUUGACUCAAUGAAAGAAGUGAAAACAAAAACUUCUCAAAACUGUAGCAAGAGCUGAGAAAAAAGAUUAAAGAUGCUUGAAAUCCCCAUUUACUUGAAGAUUGAGAAGAAAAUGUUUCCUCUUUGAAGAAGUAAGUAGAACGUAUGUAACAAAAGUAUUUCUGCCAAACACAGAGAAAGAAAAUGAAAAGCAAAUGUCUGGCAGACUCUGAUCAAACCUCUCUGUACCUGAAAGAAAGAUAACCUCACUUAUUGCUACUGGCAAUACGCUGCCCUCUUGUGUGCAAAUUAUCCAAUCUCGCAGACAUGAAUAACACUCUUCUUUUUCUGUGCAACAUAAUAUUCUGAGAGCAGGAAUUUUUAGUAGACAAGCCAUCAAAUCAAAUACUAAAAUGUAAAAAAAAGAAAAAGUCAAAUGAGGAUUAAAUCCCUAAAAUAAUUUAUAGGUUCACAUGAAGGAAUUGAAAAAGAAGCCACAGUACAAACACAAUCUUUACAAGACCUUCUGGAGACUGAAAAUCCUUAAACCUUUCAAGAAAGUCUCGCAUCAUAAUCACUGAAUAAAAUAAAAAGCUUUUUGGCUCAUAAUAAAUAAGUUAUGCUGAACUAAUACCUGUAAGUUACGGCACCAAAAGACAUUCUGGAAACUAAAACAACAAUAUAAAUUUUGUCAUCAAAACUGUAAUUUAUUUUUCCAUUCAAAGUUGCAUUGGAAUAAAUAUUCUGUUUUUACAUUUACUCCUUUGAACUGCUGUUUUUAGAGAUGCUCUAUAUAUUCAGCGUUUAUCCUCUGUGGCAAAUGUGUGUGUGUGUGAAUGUGUGAAAGACAAACUGCCGGCGAGCAUUUCUUUCCCUGUCUUUGUGUGUUUGCGUUUGCACGUGCUGCUCUGCUCCUCUCUCCGUCAGGGUAAUUCGGCAUCCGUGUGUAAUUUCUUUACCAUUUUGGCUUUGAUCUGAAUCCGAGCCCUGAAGCUUAUCAUGACUUUGUGUUGCUUCCAUGUAGUCGGGGAUGGAUGCUGGGGGUAGAGUCGGAAAAGGGGUGGAGAAAAGAGACAGAGAGAGAGAGAGUUUUAUUUUUAGCUUCCUAGCCCCACAUCCAAGUGUGUUUAAUCAAGUGUGUGUUUGUGUGUUUGGAUUAGUGUCUUUAGCCUCUUGGUCAGAAGAAGGUAAUAUGCUUGUCCGAAAUAACUUUGUCAGGCACAUUUAUACAAAGAUGGUUUAAAAGUGUGGAGUUAGCAGGAGUUUGGGAGGCGGAUGGUGGGGUGUGCGGGAAAAAGAGCAAGACUGACGGACACACAGUGAGAGACAGCGAGGGUAGAGGGGAGGGAGGGAAGACACUGUAGGAGAGAGGAUGGAAUGAAUAAGCAAUCCUGCUUUUCCACUUCAGGCACUCGCAUCUUCCACAGAUCACAUGCAUGCUUCCUCUCCCUGAUAAUCUUUGUUCUCCUAACCUGUCCUUUAUUUUGUCUCAGCCUCCGUCUCCUUGUACCGUCCAGCAGGUCCUCCUUUGUCCUUCUCCUCGUAUUUCCUCUCUCUUUCCCCAAAUGUCCCUUUAUGUCAGUCAGUAACCCACUGAACCUUUUUCCCCUUUCUGAUCCUUCUACUCCAAUGCAUGCCUUGACACCCAUCCAAACAUGCACGCAGACAAGUGCACUCACAAUCAGACAUAGUAGCACAGUUAGAGGUAAAACAUAAAGGACAGGGAGAUUUUGUUGCCUUUUUUGUUUUCUUUUUGCAAUGGGAAACUCUGUAAAGUCACUAAAAAAUUUCACCAAGAAGGACAAGAAGAAGAACUACAAAGCAGUGCAGUCCAGUGAGGAGGGGGGAUCUGGGGGUGGGCAUCUUGAGCCACUAGUAGCCCUGGCCCAGAACGGAGCCAACAUGCACAACGUGCUGGGGCCUGCAUGCAUCUUUCUACGCAAGGGCUUCGCUGAGAGCCGACUGGCUGACCGAGAGCUGAGGCCAGAAGAGCUGGAUGAGUUGCGUGAAGCAUUCAAGGAGUUUGACAAAGAUAAAGACGGAUUCAUUGGCUGCAAGGACUUGGGGAACUGCAUGCGGACGAUGGGAUACAUGCCAACAGAGAUGGAGCUGAUAGAACUGAGCCAGCAGAUCAACAUGAACCUGGGAGGACAUGUUGACUUUGAGGACUUUGUUGAACUUAUGGGGCCCAAACUUCUGGCUGAAACAGCCGACAUGAUAGGAGUAAAGGAGCUGAGGGAUGCCUUUAAGGAGUUUGACACUAAUGGUGACGGCCAGAUCAGCACAGCCGAGCUCAGAGAAGCAAUGAAAAAACUGUUAGGACAGCAGGUUGGACACAGAGAUCUGGAGGAAAUCCUACGUGACAUUGACCUAAACGGAGAUGGACAUGUAGACUUUGAAGAAUUUGUUCGAAUGAUGUCCCGAUAAGUUCCUGCCAGAGAGCUGCAACGUUGUAUUGGAUGUGGAUUCUCAGCUGGCGGAGCGUGGAGAGACUCUGGCGACGGAAACUGAAUUUCUCUGAACUGUGAAGACGGCAAAAACAUAUCAACCUUGCCCCAAAACUGCCUCGCUGAACGGCUGACGAGUCCAGCCGGGAGCCUCACUGUUACCAACACACUGCUGCUGUUCCUCCGAGCAUAAACAAAACCAACGGCUGCACUCGUGACUUUUCCAGAGUACAUUUUUAAAAACAUGAUUUCCUUUAAUAAUUGCAACAUUUCUAUGUGUUUACCGACCCAAUGGGUAAUGGCGGAUGUGAUGUUUGAGAUAUUUUCUGCAAACACCAACAGCCGCUUAUUACAGACUGUAGCAAUUAAGAGUAAUUAUAUUUAAUACAGCAGUGAAAUCUGUUUAAAUGCAGAGGUUAUAUGAAGCACAGAUACAAAAAGCAAUAUAGAAACAUUCCAUGUCAUCUCAUCAUGUCUGCGUGUGCGUUUUGUGUACUGUUGGUGUUUAAUGUUGAUACAGACUAUAGAAAAAUCAGCAUAAGACAAACCAAAAUUUGUUUGCUAAGUAUGUAUAAUGUAGCACUGACUUUUCUGUGACAUACAUGUGCAAUUUCUAGUGUGCAGAAGAUACUCAUUUAACUGCAAUCCUGUAAGAAAAACAUUAGUACCAGAAUAAGCUUUUGAUUAUUUCUAUGUUUGGUUAUUACUUGCAUGAAUAACAAUGAAGUAUGUGAUCAGAACAUUGUCACUAAUCUGUCACUGAGGAAGUCAGCAGAUUAGUUAAUAAGAGAUGGUUUUAGAUGUCAUGAAAGUGUUUUGUUUUGGGGAUUUUGUAAGUUUUCUUAUUUUGAAAGCCAAAAUGUUCCCUUUCAGUGCAGCAUUUGUCAGCAUUAUAUACCUCAAAGUGAGCUGAAACAUAAAUGUCCUUCAUUCUCCUUCCUAAACACACCCCAAUCUCUGAAACCUGUGUUACUACUUUAUCAGUAAAUAUAAGGAAGCAAAGUGAGCUUCUUAUGCAAAAAGCCAAAGAACGUUUACAAAACCUGAUUUAGUUUAAGUAAAGCUGAGACAGCUUUGACUGUUCAAGAAUAAACAUGAGAAUAUGCAUGUUUUUUCAUCUUGAUAUAUUUGAAAAGGGAAAUCCAACUUUGUGAUUUUUAUGUGUCUUAACUGUGUGAAACUAUGCAUGACAGAAAACUACUACAAUUUGUAGCAGAAUAUUUAAAAAUAAAGAUAUUUCAAUUGGAAAA